CCGGGUCAGGGUGACCUGUGGGGCGAGCCCAGCGGGGCCGGGAGCCGGCGUGGCCGCGUGCCCUCGCCAUGCGGCGCUCACGCGAGAGACCGGCCUGUGGAAAAGCCCCACGUCCAGUCUCCCCCGAUGGCAGUGUGCCGCCUUCCUGCCCUCCCUCCACGGGCCUCGCCCCUCUCGGGCCCGAUCUGCCCCACAUCCAAAUCCCAGCCCACCCGGCUUCCAGCUCCAGCGAGUGUGGAGCGCCUCACGUGACGCCCGCCACGGGGCGUGGGAUUGCGUAACCUGAAGGCUCGCGCGUGUGUGGUUUUGCUCAUCUGUGCAGUGGGUAUGAUUUUUUUUGCGUCAGGACAGUCUAGGUUUUGGUUUUCACCAUGGCCAUCACUCAGUUUCGGUUAUUUAAAGUUUGUACCUGCCUAGCAACAGUAUUCUCAUUCCUAAAGAGAUUAAUAUGCAGAUCUGGCAGAGGAAGGAAAUUAAGUGGAGACCAAAUAACUUUGCCCACCACAGUCGAUUAUUCGUCUGUCCCUAAGCAGGUAACAGAUGUGGAGGAGUGGACUUCCUGGGAUGAAGAUGCACCCACAAGUGUAAAGAUCGAAGGAGGGAAUGGGAGUGUGGCAGCACAACAGAAUUCUUUGGAACAACUGGAACCUGACUAUUUCAAGGACAUGACACCAACUAUACGGAAAACUCAGAAAAUUGUCAUUAAGAAGAGAGAACCAUUGAAUUUUGGUAUCCCAGAUAGUAGUACAGGUUUUUCCAGUAGAUUGGCGGCUACACAAGAUAUGCCUUUUAUUCAUCAAUCUUCAGAAUUAGGUGACUUAGAUACCUGGCAAGAAAAUACCAAUGCAUGGGAAGAAGAAGAAGAUGCAGCCUGGCAAGCAGAAGAAGUUCUGAGGCAGCAGAAAAUUGCAGACAGAGAGAAGAGAGCAGCAGAACAACAAAGGAAGAAAAUGGAGAAGGAAGCUCAGCGUCUAAUGAAGAAGGAGCAAAACAAAAUCGGUGUGAAGCUUUCCUAACACACGCUAGCUCAUGCUGUCCCAGUGCCAGUAGGAGAAGUCUGGGCCCACAGCCUACACAACAAGCCUUUGUAUGGACUGGAGAGUACUUUCAGAAUACAGACACACUGCUUGAUCCUAAUGUGUUUAUUGAGCCAUCCAGGACACCAGGACUCUCCCACUGAACUACUAGUAAUCAAGACUCAAAACACAAAAAUUAUGAGACAAUUAUUUUCUUCAACAUGUUCCAAAUAUAAGACAAUUGUUUGCUGUAGAGAAGUUAUUUCAAAUGGAAUAUACCAGACCAGUACCUCUCAAGCUAGUGUUUCUAGCUGAAUAAAUGGGUGUAAAUAAUUUUAUGGUGGAAGAGUACUCUGCUAUCUAUUAUGCUUUCAUUCAUUGUGCAUAAUUUUAAAAUAAUUUUAAUAGUCUUUUAUUUACAUGAUCACUUGACAUAAAUUAAACUGUAGAUAGGGCUUCAUACCCUUCUUAAUUUUGUUUUCAGGUAGUGUUGAUAUAUUUUCUGUAAUUUGAACUGCCACUGUUUGGUACAACAUUAAGGAAUAUGAUUUGGGUUUUCAAAAAAAUAACAUUAAAUGCAAUAAUUUAUUUAUCAAAUAAUUUGUAUAUUCUUACUUUCUUUUGGCCAGUAUUAUAAUGUUAUACAGAGCUGUAAUUUAUAUUGCAUGUAAAUGUUGAAAAUCAGCUGCAAUGAUAAGUUUGUGUGACUUAAGAACUAGGAUUAGUAGAUUUUCCCUUUCAUUACAGAUGUCAAGAUGUUAACAGUUUUCAUCCUUCUUAAAAGCCAUUCAUUUUCAAAUGCAGAAAGCCUUCAGUUUUAAUUGAUUUUUGAAUGUCUCUUUUUUGAUAUAUAUAUAUCUUACAUAAUAUAAUGCAGGGUACCUAUUCUUUUGGCUAGAUAACAUUACUGAUUCAUUACAAACCAAAUUUUUUUUUUGUUUGUUUGUGAUAUUGGUUGACUUGUUUAAAGAGAUAUUUGCCUAUUGUAUUUUAUGGGGAAAACACAUCUCACAGUUUAAAAUUCCAUUAAAUUUUUUUCACCAUUAAA